AUGUCAGAUGACUAUAUUUGCUACUUUACCAAGUCCGAGCGCGUUCUCUUGCGUACCACCUUCGCCCACCUCCUUCCCUUUAAACCAACGGUCAAAGAGCACCUACCUCUUCGCAACCCCCCACACCUACCGUCCUCUGCAGCAGGAACGUGUCUACACCUCCCAAACUUCUACCGCCUCCCUCGAGUGCAGUGGCCAAGUGUAUCCUUGGCCUUCUCCCGACUGACGAACGUUGGAAGGGCCUUUCCUGAGAAGACACGGAUGCACGGCUUCUUCGUCUCGAUGUAUGGUGGAGGGCGAAUUGAGAUGGAUUUUGAUGAUGAAUGUCACACCUGA